AUGUACCAGUGCAAGAAAUGCAGGAGAGUAUUGUUGUGUCAGGAGCAAGUAAUAGAGCAUACUCCAGGUGAGGCUGAUUCAGAGUUUGAUGACAUGUUUAAAAACAUGUUUGGAGAGGUUAACAAGAAUCCUGGUGAGGUGAACCAGUGUACUUCUAUAUUUGUAGAGCCUCUCAGUUGGAUGAAUGAAGCUAUGGAAGAUGAUGUGUCGGAAGGGAAGCUAUUGUGUCCAAAAUGUCAAGCUAAGGUUGGAAGCUUUGACUGGUCGGGAAGUUACUGUAGCUGUGGAAGCAAGAUUGUUCCGGCGUUUCAACUUCAGAUGAGUAGCGUCGAUGUUAUCACUGAAGAAGAAGAAUGA